AUGCCUAGAAUUUUUAGGCGCCUUUCACCUGCUAGUGCCAGUACAGAACCCCUAUGUGCUUCUGAACAGUCCAGCACCGAACCUUUAGAUGCCAAAAGUCAACUAACAAGCUUGCCAGGAAAGGUGAAACACGAGAGUAUGCAGCGCAAGACAAGGAUUAAUGAUGGUGACUCAUCAGAUCCAUCAACUCACCAGUCAGAUUUGCAUUCAUUGAACGAACUACCUUAUACAUCAACCCGGAUUAACGUGUCAGAUAAUAUAGGUGACAGCAAGAGAACUAUGGAGAGUUUCAUUGGUUCAAAAGACAAUCCUGUCUUUUCUCUCACCCCCUCUGACACCCACACACGGAUCGCUACAGCCGAGGGGGAGGACGAUUGUGAGGCUUAUACAGUCACCGAGAUAGCUGGGACUGGAAAUGAACAAAUUGUGGAUGAAUCUACGCGCAUAACAACUGAUUUAGUUAACAAACGAAUUAAACGAGCUUGCGGAAAGUUGCCCAAAAGUGUUGCUACUGGUGUUCUUCUGUCCACAUCGGCUACGCGUGUUCUAUUCGCUAGUCUUUCAAUUAGUGAGAAUGCUGAUGGGGGCGGAAAUUCAGGUACAGCACGAACUUGUAGCAUCUCAGAAAUGAUGACCAGUGUUAGCGGUAAAAGUUCAAAAGGAAAGCUGAGGAAGAGAACUAAGGUCAACUCAUCGCUGGCUCCAAUUAUUAGUGAUCAAAGGGGAUUUACGGUACAAAUGGGAAAAGCGAAGAAGGACACUGUUGCUGGUUUGAAACUUGCUUCUGAGAAUGGACUAGUUUUUAAAAGCCAACUUCAAGACACAGAGUACGUUUUUCUCAAUGCAGCUGAAUUUGGGGAAGUUGAGAUAGUCAAGGAGUUGCUAAAUGAUCCAACUUUAAACGUUGACUGUGUGGAUUAUAUGGGACGGAAUGCAGUGCUUCUAGCCAUGAAGACUGAGAACAUUGAAUUGAUUGAUGCUCUGGUAGGGAAGCUCAACUUCUACGCUGUCGAAGAUGCUCUUCUAAAUGCAAUUAGCCAGGAGAAGAUCCAUAUAGUCAAGCUGAUAAUCGACCAUCCUCAAUACAUACGAAUGGAAAAGAUUAUGGCCCCAAGAGGACGCAGAGCUGGACUGAUUGGAAAGGCUAUCGAUCGAUCUCAAUUUUCAGCUGAUAUUACACCCCUGAUGUUGGCCGCCCAUACAAAUAAUCAUGAGAUUAUUCAACUACUGCUUGAUCGAGGAUUGACUCUUGAAAUGCCUCAUGACAGAAGUUGUAUGUGCCUAGAUUGUGAAUCCAUUAGAGCCCAAGACUCUCUAAUAUUGGAAAUGCAACGACUUCACACCUACCAAGCUCUCACAAGCUCAGCCUACUUGGCCUUAACUACAUCCGAUCCCGUCUCUUCUGCAUUCACUCUUCGUGGAGAACUCUACCAACUUGCUUCUCAAGAGAAGCAGUUCAAAGAGGAAUACUCCCGCCUUGCUGUUCAAUCAAUGAACUUUGCCGUGAGUUGUUUGGAUCUCUGCCGAACUUCUGAUGAAGUUCAUUCCCUUCUAACCGCAAAUGAUAUCAUUCCUGAUGGUGACACUCAACAUCAUCUUGCCACGAUCAAACAUGCCGUUCAGUGCCGUGAAAAGAAGGUAUACUCUAUUGAAUUUCCUUUGGCAAAGUACGAUCACAGGCUCUAA